AAUCAUUAAUUUGUUGCUUUCUGAAGCAUCUCUGCUUACGGGUUGCUGGGAAUUGGUGUGGCACACCAAAACUGUGAAGCCAACAAAUACACACAUUUGUGAAGGAAGAUAGCUUAGAGUUACUGUUUGUAAGUGUUCCCCUCUGGAUAACUUUAUACGGGUUGGAAAGAAGAAACAAGGAAAUAUGAAUGCAGUAGUGGAGGCUGUUGCUUUCCUUCUGGGCUUUCUGGGCUGGCUGAUGGUUGGAAUUGCCCUUUUCAAUCCAUACUGGAGGGUCUCAACAGUGGAUGGUAAUGUUAUCACCACAUCCACGAUCUAUGAAAACCUCUGGAUGUCCUGUGCAACUGAUUCUACAGGGGUUUACAACUGCCGAGACUUUCCAUCUUUGCUCGCACUUAAUGGGUACAUUCAGGCCUCCCGAGCGCUGAUGAUUGCUUCCAUUGUGUUUGGGACAUUCGGGCUGGUGGCCACUCUCGCAGGAAUGCAGUGCUCUAAAAUAGGUGGAGAAAACUAUGUUUUGAAGGGGAGAGUUGCUGCCAUUGGAGGAGUGUUCUUUUUGCUACAAGGGAUUUGCACCAUGAUCGCUGUGUCUUGGUACGCAGCCAACAUCACACAAGAGUUCUUCGACCAGUUUUUUCCAGGGACAAAGUAUGAGAUUGGAGAGGGCCUGUAUAUUGGAUGGUCUUCAGCCGUGCUUGCCCUCUGCGGAGGUUCAUGCCUGACGUGUGCCUGCAGAAUCAAGGAAGAUGGUGAAAAAAUUCCCUAUCCAUACCAACCACCCUCCAGAGGACGUAUCCUGUCAACUGUGGCACCGUCUCAGACUGCGCCAAGCAACUACGGAAGAAACGCAUACGUCUGAGAGGCUACUGUGUGGGAGGGAAAACCGGCUGGGUCUAUUCACUGGAUUCUUUCUGCAUUACAAGAAAAAAAAAAAACAAAUACUUAAAUAUCCUAUGUUAACCAUUACAAUAGUUUGAUUUGGGCAAUUUAAUGACUUUACACAGUGUAACUUUUCCAUGACAUAUUCUCUGUAUGUUUACGUUCUAUAGAAACUGCUUGACUAUUGUAGCAUGUAUUUACCGUACUUGUGGUCUGUUGUCUGUUGUGGGUUUACCGAUAGAAAUGAUAUCAUGAAUUUAUCUCCACUGUGACAGUAUCGCUCACUGUUUACAAAAGAUUACAAAAACUUUACAGCAAGAUAUAGCGGGACCAUAUCUUUUCCCAAAUAUUAGUGGAGGAAGCAAUCAAAACAAAACAUUGGCACCUAAUCAUGCUACACCUUCAUAUUUUUAUGAGCGAUAGAUAGAGAGAAAGGAGUUGCAAUGAGGUUGCCUUGCCAAAAUUCUGAGCCUCCAACCUUAGGGGAGACACUAUGGUUAUAACUUAUGGUUAUAAGUUUUUAUUUUGUAGUCUACAUAUAAAAUGAUCAGACAACUGUGCACAUUGAAGUUUGCAUUGUAUUGGUAUGUAAAGGGUUGCAAUCCUUUACCUUUCUCAGGCAGGAGUUGCACCCCAUCUGUAGCAGAUAUCUUUAAUUGUGCAAAAAAAAAAAAAAAAAGACAGUCAUUUCAGAAU